AUGGAGCGUCUCUUGUCCAGCGUGUACGCCCGUGAGCCGCCCGUCAAAGUGGCAGUGGCAGUGACUGGCGGCGGUGUCUCUGCUUCCGAGCUCCUCUUCCAUCCAGGGUCUUCGUCCACCAUGCAGCACUUUGUCGUUCCGUAUUCGCGUGCGAGUUUGCAGUCGUUUCUGAGCGCCGUACCGUCGACGGCUCCCGCACUAAAGUUUUGUUCCGCAGAGACGGCGGAACGCAUGGCACGUGCUGCGUGGCAAACGGCAAACGCCGUCAUACGGCAAGAAGCAGAGGCGAGUGAUGUCCAAGCUGCUGCACUGGUGAGCAGCGCUGUGCACCGAUUUCGCAGCUCUUUGGGCAUCGCAUGCACUGCGGGACUGGCUACAAACCGUGUCAAGAAAGGCCCGCACGAGUGCUUCGUGUCAGUGUGUCAGGCUCGGUCUGAUUCCAAGCACAGCGCGUUCUGGCGGCCGCAGUGUGAGACGUACCACCUCGAAUUGGACAAGACGGUGGGGCGCUCGAGAAUGGAGGAGGACUACAUUGUGAGUCAGUGGCUGGUGUACGUCCUGGCCAAAGCUGCAGGUGUGGACGCAGAGACUUGCCGUGCGUUUCAUGAUGAGUUGACGUCUGCUCAGACUGGAAAUGAACGUAUCGUGAAGGUGACGACUGGCGAUGGACGCAGUGGUCCACUGGAUGACAUCUGUCGUGGCACGUCCAACGAGUUGACGAGUGUUGCCUUCUUGCCGGAGAAAUCUACAGACGGCGUGCGCGCUACGACAAUGGCGACGCAGGGAUUUGAGUUUCGCGGAUUAGUGCUACCAGGAUCGUUCAAUCCACUUCACAAGGGCCAUAUCGAUCUCGCACGGGGUGCUCAGCAGCUCAUCGAGUCGCGUACGGGCGUGAAGCUGCCCGUGGCGUUUGAGCUUGCAGUAUCGAACGCAGACAAAGGUGCAAUCGACUCGUCGACAAUCUCGACACGCAUUGCCCAAUUCACGCACGAUGGCGGCAGCACUACUGGAUUGGGUACGUGGCCAGUCCUUGUUACGAAUGCCACGCUCUUCGGCCAGAAAGCCCAGCUUUUGCCUGGGUGCAUAUUCACCAUAGGCGCCGACACGGCCGUACGCCUCGUGGACAAGAAGUACUACGGCAUGGACGAGCACAAGAUGGUGCUGGCGUUGGACCACAUUGCUCGCAGCAAUUGCUCGUUUGUUGUUGCUGGAAGGGUCGACACGAAAGCGGCAAAGAGGUACCUCUCUGCUGAAGAGGUGGUCGAACAGCACAUUCCGUCGGUAUUUCGCCACCUCUUUCUUCCAUUACCGGAGAGUGCAUUCCGGAAUGACAUUUCCUCGACGGACCUCCGUCGACAAGCGGCCACGACGGCGUGA